CCUGCAGCGUGCGUGUGAAAAUGUAUGAUCUUGGCUGCCUUCAUGUGACUGCGUUUCCGUUGCUUGCUUGCUUCCGCAAUUACUAAAGACAUUGCAGAGAUGCAGAUGUCAAGCACUUUGCAUCUCCGGAGAGACCAAGCCAGCAGAACCUCCCCGCAAACCGAUGUAAUGGUCUUCUGUGAACUUCACAGAGGAGUGGAGGGCGCGAUCCUGGCCACUGGGUGAUCAUGUUAAGAUGCUGGUGUUCGAUCGCCUGUCCAUCGUGCUCAGUCACGCAGUGGUGCCGCUACUGGUGGUCCUGCUUUCAGUCUCAGGACAUCCGCAGAUCUUCCCCUGCAGGCUGAUCCAAAGCACGGCUCUGUGCAACAGCUGUCAGCUCUCUGCCGUACCAGAUCAUUUACCACAUCAAAUUGAGGAGAUCUUCUUAGACAAGAACCGUCUGUUAAAUCUGCAAGAUGGUUGUCUCUCCAGAUACCCUCUUCUGAGGACGUUCAGCUGUGCAAACAAUCGGCUGAAGAUGGUGGAAGAGAGGGUGUUCUCUGAAUUGCCUCUUUUAGAAAACCUUAAUUUAGCUAACAAUGAGCUUUACUAUGGACACAAGCAGGUGGCCCAGUCCUUGAGCACUCUGUCCCAACUAAAGACCCUUGAUCUUUCAGGUAAUGGCCUCUCGGAGGACAUGGUGUCUCUGCUGGUACAGAAUCUGUCCUCACUUGAGUCCCUAUACUUGUCCCAGAAUGCCAUGCUGAGGCUGGAUGAGUCAACAUUCAGAAACCUUCAUCAGCUUAGGGAGUUGAACGUCGAGAGAAACUUGCUGUUUGAGAUCGAUGGAGCGUUCGAUCAUAUGAAAAGACUCCAGAGGUUAAACCUGGCCUUAAACUGCCUACCAUGUUUGGUCAACUUUGAAAUGACCCAACUGCUGGUCCUAAACGCCAGCCACAAUUCCAUUGAAUGGUUCAUUACCAAUCAAAAUAUGACUGAGACUUUUCAGCUGGAGACGUUGGAUCUGUCUGACAACCAUUUGAUCUUCUUUCCAUUCCUUCCAACAAAUAACCGAAUACGAACUUUGCUGUUAUCCAAUAAUCGAGUCGGUUUUUAUCAACACUUGUCAAAUGACACAUCUUUAAACUGGACCACUAGUGUUGAGUACUACAACUUGGGGCAAAAUGUAAGCAGCAUCACAGUAGAGCUCUGGAAUGAGAACCUUCACGGUGAUCUUUCCUCAGUAGAGCUCCUGGACCUGAGUGAAAACAAGGUGAACUACUUCCCCAAGGGAUUCAUUCAACAGAUGCCGUCUCUUUACUGGCUGAGGCUGAGAAGUAACUGUUUACAGUCCUUCAGUUUGACGCCUGAAGAUCUACCAGUCACCCUUUAUGAACUGGACGUUAGUCGAAACAGGUUAACUGAGCUGAAAGCAAGCCAACGCUCCAUUAGCGAGCUGAACAAUCUCACGCAUCUCAAUCUGAGUACAAAUGACCUUCAGAACCUUCCAACUAGGAUUUUUGCUAGUCUACCGAAACUCCGCACACUAGAUCUCAGUCACAACACUGUGGAUGUGUGUUACUUGCCAAGUUCGUCAGGAUGUGUUGUGUGGUCCGACAUCGUUUCCCUAAAACAACUCUAUCUUGACGGCUGUAGCAUUCAGAACAUCCCGUCUUUAGCGUUCAAGGGCACACCUCUAACCCAUCUCGAACUUUCAAACAAUCCAGACCUAAACCUCAAACAGGAAUCUCUGGAUGGUCUCGCAAACACUUUGCAGCAUUUGGGACUUGGUAAUACUGGUCUUCAAGCUUUUGACUUCUCUCCGUAUAGCCAUUUGAAGUCUUUAAACAUCUGUAGAAACUCACUACCAAAUGUUCCCGAAUCUCUAGUGGCAUUAAACCUAAAGCUUCUGGACUUGAGGGAUAACAUGUUGACAACCAUCCCGUCCCAACAUGCUGGCAUGUUAGCUCAAAGACUGCAGACUGUUUAUAUGAAUGGAAAUGCCUUCAACUGUUGCCAUUUGGACUGGUACAAGACCUUCGUGGAGAAUAAAGGCAUCAGUAUUGUAGAUCUCUCAGAAAUUACAUGUUUGGACUUAAACCACAGGCGUCACAAAGUUGUGCUUUUUGACGCCAUCCACUGUGGUGGUUCCAGCAAUGAGGAGUCUGUUGUUUGGUACAUUCUUCUCUUUGUAACAGUCAGUGUUUCUAUCAUGGGUAUAUCCAUAAUUUACAUGCUCACAUUUAAGCCAAGAAUGUUGCCUCGUGCUAUUAAAAAGAGAUGCUGGAGACCAGCUCCUUAUUGAGAAGCAUGCUAUUGUAAAUCUAAUUAAUACCUCUGUAAUAUAAGGGGCAAACAUGGUAAAUAUGCUUUUAAAGGUUGCUACUUUACAUACCGGAAGAUAAUUAUGAUAUUAAUGUGAAAAAUUUAGGCCACAUUGGUCUGUAAACAUGAAUGUAUUUAAUUCUAUCAUCAUUAAACUGCAUAAAAAGUG